AUACCAUACCCGAUCAGCCGAUCUAAUAACCCAUACAAAAAGUCAAUCUGUGAAACAGUAGGAAGCACCAAUCCUAACAGUCUAAAACCGUCUAACUUUGUUUUUCCUCUUCAUAAAGCUUAUGCUUCAUGAAGCUCAGCUUCACUCUUGGAUCCGACCGACCUAAGAAGGCAAGCUCUUGAAAACGCUGCUGGGAACAAAGAGAUAUUGCAUUGGAGCCUAAAUAUUCAUUCUUUGAUGGGUGAAAAUCGAGUCAUUCGGGAUUUCAGGUUUCAACUGAAGUGUGCUUCUGAGAGAUUGGACAUCUAUGAUCGGAUAAGUCGCCUUCCUGAUGACAUUCUAGGUGUGAUAUUGUCUUCUCUUCCGCUGAAGGAAGCUGGGCGCACGAGUGUUCUUUCAUCUCGUUGGAAGAACUUGUGGAAACAAACCUCACGCCUCAAUUUUGAUGCAAGCAAUGCAUUGGACAGGAUUGCUCGAGAUCGCAAGCUACGCUGUGAGGAGAGGCGCAAGUACGUAAGAUGGGUGAACUCAGUCCUUAAAUCUGCACCACACAAAGGGACGCUCACCUUGGAACACUUCAGGAUCUGUUUUGAUGUAGGAAAAGCAUUCUCUGGGAGUCUGGGACCAUUACAAAGUGGCUUAAGUUUGCUUUUAAGAGACGGGUUGAGAGGUUGGAGUUGAACCUUCUGGAAUAUGGUGAUGACGAAUCAGAGAAACGGUAUGCCUUCCCUGAAGACAUCUUGUUCCGAAACAACAUUGACAUCCCUCACCAAACUACUACAUUUUUCAACUUCAAUUCCCUGAAAGCGCUGUGUUUGAAGAAUGUUUCGAUCAGUGAUGAAGCUAUUGAGUUUUUCUUACGCAACUGCCCAUCACUGGAGCAAUUAGAUCUUCAAGACAUAGAUCAAUUAUCAAAUCUUGAAGUUUGUGGUCCAUCUCUCGUGCUAAAAAGCCUGUAUGCAAGGUAUUGCUUUGAUUUGGUAUCCAUUAAGAUAUCCGCACCAAAGCUUACUUCACUUGCAGUUUGGACAACAAAAGGACUUGUUCUUGAGAAUGUGCCAAUGCUGGUCGAUUUAGACAUUAUCUGUCAGAACGUUCACAUGCCAUUGUUAGUUCCUGCACUAUCUUGCUGCUUUUCCCAAUUGGAGAUUCUUACCCUGCGGCUGCCGAUCCAUGGGGCAGAUCAAAUUGCGCAGUUCAACUUCCCUGAGAUGCUUCAGUUGAAGAAGCUAGUUGUAGGUUUUUGUGCAAACCAUGAUGAAAGUCUUCUCGGGCUAAUGACAUUCAUUAGGAUAUCUCCCAACCUAGAAGAGUUUGUGUUAAUGAUUACCUGGGGCGGGAGAUCGUCAUGGGCUAGCAGAGAAGUGAAUAAGGGGACACCAUUCCCACACCAACACCUUAAGGUGUUCCAGUAUUUAGGCUAUUACGGCCGCUGCAGUGAUAUGGAAGUAGUGAUGUUCAUUUUGGAAAAUUGUGUUGGGCUUCAACAAAUCAUUAUUGAUCCGUCCGUGCCGCUAGCUUAUUUGCAUGCACCACCAGAUCUUGGUGAGUUGGAACAGGACGAAGCUGGCAGAAGUUAUGCAAAGCAACAGCUGGAACCAAUAAUCCCUCCCCACAUUUCAUUUGCUAUCCGAUAGAGUAUCUAGCUCUUCCCCCCUUAGCUAAUUAGCUUUAUUUAUUUGUUUAUUCAGUUAUUAUUACCCGUUUUGUGGACGAAUGUUUUUUGUGCAAUUGGUGUUCAGCUUAGUGUGCUUUUUGUAUCAAGAAAUAACUGGCAUUCAAAAUCUUUGAUUGAAAAUCACUUAUAUUCAUUAUUUUGCUGCAGCUGAUGAGUCCUAGUGUCUUGAAUAUGAUAGGAACCGGCCAGAUUAGUGCUAAUAAUAAAAAUAAUUUAAUUUGUAUGGGUAGUAUAAAUAGAAGGGAAGUGAGGAGUAAGGAAUUAGGCAAAAAUUAGUUGGAAUUUGGAUCUAGGAGAGUAAGACUUCUCGAAGAGCCUCGUCUGUAUUUUCUUCUUCCCCGUUUCUGCACUUUUUUUGCUAAUAGACCUCAAUUUACGGUUACGAAUUUGGAGUUCCUAAUAGAAUCUUUGAGUUUUAAAGAUAAGGAGAAUUUGCUCUGCGUAGUGCUGUACUGCUGCAGCUUAGUUGCUCUUUGGUUAAUUUGGAAUAAUAAAGAUAUCAACUUUUAGUUUAGCCUUCAUUGUAAUUGACGUACAGACCUGCGGCCGCGAAACGCAAGUAAAAAAUGCUCCAAUCUGGCCAUGAGUGAUGAGUCCAUGACUCCUGUCUGAGCUCUUAACUCCGCGGUGGCGCCCACAACUAAAGCAUCUGAUCGACGCCCAGUGGCACUAGGUCCGUCGACACCUCGAUGGCCAAUUCCGCAUAGUCGUCUAAUCGAUUUCCAGCAUCUUCAAUCUCCAUUCUUCAGCAACUUUCCAGAUUUCCACGUAUAUAAAUUAGAAUUGUAAAUUCUGGUUUUGUUUGCCGCAUUUGCCUCUUUUUCAUUUUCUACAGAAACUGCGUUGCUAACUCCGUCUACUUCUCUCCCGCUAGAAGUAAAGCCACUACGCUUUUCCCAAUUCAUUUUCCAUUCUUCAAUUUCCCCAACUUCUCACUGCUCAUUCUUGCUCGACGUAUUCAAGGCUAGGGUUCCAGACGUCCGCCGAUUCUCCAUGUUAUUCUCACUAUAGAAAUCUCAAGCAUCUCAAGCAUACAAGCUUUAUUCACGUCAGUCGUGGCUAGGAAAACUUUCAGGUAGAGAGGGAGACUCUCGCUGGGUCCAUACCAGUUUCAAGCGACAUGGGUUCUUCAAUCGAUUGAGCAGAUUUGACUAUGGAUUUUGUUGGUUUUCUGGUCGAUAUUCCAAUCUACGCCUACUUCCGAGCUUGGAUUUGAAGUUGGAAGGUUGAUUAGAGGCCAGAGACCCACAGAAGGGAGAUGAAAAACCGUGUGGUUAAUUUUCACAUCGCAGGUGAUUUUUGUUUACUGUGUUAAUUCCGACAAUUGUUUGAGGAUUUGGUGUCUGGUUUGGAGUUCGAACACUUGGAGAUUCCACAUCGACGUUGAAUUCCGGCUUCUGAGUUUUUUCUAGGGCGCGCCAGCUUACUGCAUGCCUUUCCUGAAAAGGGGGAGUUCAAGAUCUGAAAAUUGGAUUGAACGAGUACUGUUCAUUGUCGUUUUUAGCUUCUGUGAUUCUUCAGCCGCUGGUACUUGCAAUGGCGUCGAAAAACAGGGGUUUGGGGAGUCCUCCACAGUGAGGAAUAUCAGAUCAUCAUCCAGGUUUACUGUUUUGGCAAGUACGGACGAUGAAUUCCCUGCCCUCAGUUCUGGGAAUAAACCUGCUUCUAAGGAUGUUCAUGCCCAAGGCGAAGCAGGGCUGGUAACAGCAAAUGAUGUACGCGCAGGGACUGCUGUGAUGGUAGAGAAGCAAACUGCUAAGGCUCUACGUCCUAUUAGAGUCGAUGGUAUGGACGUCCUUGCUGUGAAGCAAGCUUGAAAAUUUGCCAAGGAGCAUGCUCUGAAGAAUGGACCACUUCGAGUCAGCGACCUAGCAACUUUAGACAUGCCAUUGAGUAAACUGUUCCCCAUAACAAUACACGAAUCCUCAACAUUGAUAAAAGUUCUCGAUAAGCAUUUGAAAAUUCUUGAAUUGGACAGUGGACACCUAUAGGUAUCAUGGGCACUCCAUGUCUGAUCCUGGAAGCACAUAUCGCACACGUGAUGAGAUCAGUGGAGUGAAACAGGAGCGUGGUCCAAUUGAAAGAGUCAGAAAACUUAUACUAGCUGAGUAGCUGAUGAUAUUUCCACUGAAAAGGAGCUAAAGGACAUUGAGAAGGGAGUCAGGAAAGAAGUAGAUGAAGCCAUAGCUAAAGCUAAAGUUAGAAUCAUAUGCAAUGCACAAUGCUCCAUCUGUAAAAAAACGUUUGAAGCCAUAGCCAUUGAUCUGUACUGUGUCACGAUUUCCACCGGUGAGUAGCUCCACACCUCCGGCCUUGCGAGCUCAGGAAGUCCCUGUCCUAUCUCCCUGGUUUCACAUCUGAUUUCUCAAUUGAUAUGGGAGAGUUUUGUCUGGAGAAACGACCGACCAACAGAGCAUAUCUUCAAGGAUAUGAUGGAAGACAGUAAAUUAUUUUGAUUUUUCUUUUGACUUCUUUAUUCUGGCUUGAAAAAUUGUACAAAUAGGGAAUUGUCAAAUUGAUCUUAAUUGGAUAUGCUUGAAUCGUACAAUAAGGCCAGAUUCAGUCUCACUACUUCGUCUGUUAUUCGAUUGAAACUCUUUCAGAUGAAAUAGAAUGCAAAUAGCAUUGAGGGAGAGGAGGGAAUUGGAAAAUUUGAAGUCUGGAGCUCUGAUCCUCAAGCUGUUAGGAAAGUGUAUUUUAGCAUAAGCAAGUCCAACAAUCAGAAACGAAUGUGAUUAAAAACAUUGAGAAGAGAUCCCUUAUCCCACACAUGGUUUAUCUGUCAAUGUGUUGCAAUAUUAGUGAAGGAAAGUACUGAAAGCAAUUGCUCACCCUUUGAUCCCAAACCCUCAUCAGAAUUAAAGCAUUAAGCAUUCGCUUGAUCAGUAUGCCAAUGCCUUGGGGUUUUCAGUCCUAGAUGCUUUGUAGCUGGCAUUUGGAGUACUGAGUGGCCGCAAGCAAUUAGAGGAUAUAAAAAUGGCUCUUAGGGACAUUUGGGAGUGGCAUCAUCUUCUCAAAUAGUCUCUUAGAUCCAUGUAGUGGUGGCAGAGUCCUAGAGAACAUAUCAUAAAGUAUUGUUGCUCUUGUUAUUGAAAAAGCCAUUGCGGAUUCCCCUAUGCUAUUAUGUUGAUGGCAAGAAUAGGUGGUUAUGCUUCUUUCAAUUGGCUGGUUCAUAGUAGCAAUGUGAAAUGGUGACCUUGAUAGCACAUGAAUUCUGAAUUUUUGCUGGCAUUGUUAAGGUUGAGGGAACAAUGGAAUCCUUCAAGGAGAUUUUGUCAAAGGAAUCGUCAUCUCCAACCGUCUAUGAACCUACUCUUGGAGUGCCUAUAAAUGAACAAUCCUCCACAAAAAAUCAAAGCCGUGAAUGGAAAUUUCACGAUUGGGAAUGAAAAAUUAUUCUUGAAAAUUGAAGAGCUAAACCUUUUCUAAAAUCCCCCAUAGCUGGCGAUUGAACAACUUAUUCAUAACUGGUGAACGGAAAUUUCCAGAUCUGGCUUAUUAUUUUCAGCAUGGGAAGGAAAACAGGGAACGACAUCAAGAACAACAAUACUAGGUAGACAACCCGUAAGAGUUUAGAUUCUGCCAACAUACUGAGAAAAACUACUACACCAGUACAUAAAACAACCUGUAAAACUGUUGAUUCUUUUAGUUUCAGGUUGCAUAAAGAAAGAGUUUCACCAGGUUGCAUAAAGAAAGAGUUUCACCAGGUUGCAUAAAGAAAGAGUUUCACCAAACCUAGGCCAGAAGAAAACCUAGGUUUCUAGCCUUUCUCCUUGCCAUCUUGCUCUUGGAUUUAAUUCUUCCACUAUAGUUGAAUUUUCUCCUCAAACGCUCCACCAGGUCGACCUCUGAGGAUGGGGUCAUCCUCGACAGUGAUGUACCGGAGAGCAACUAGAGCCCUCGCAGAACGUUGAACACUCUCCAGCAACUCCAUGUAAGCUUCUUUUGCAUAGGUAUGACGCCGCUGCUUUUGCUUGCGACUAGGAGGUGCAACCUUCUCCAAAGCAGCUUUUGCGCUAUUCCACUCCACCUUAGCAGCCUUUUUUUGGGAUAUCAGUGCCCCAAACUCUAGCAGAAGCUUAUGAGAGGGACAAGCCACACCUGCAGGAAAAUCAACACCAGUUGAUGAAACUGAGUUCUUAUAUAUACUAUUAUUCUUAAGAUAAAACUAAGCAAAAAAAAGAGGCUUUUAAGAUGUUUGUACACACUGCAACACAUAUUUAAAGAAAAUAAACACAUUGGAACACAGAUUAAGAAACUAAGCCUGAAAAACACUUUUAACAAGUGAUGCCCAAAUGGGGGAUGUGUUUCCCUUUUCUUAUUGCAGCUUCAUAUUGAUCACAUUGAUUUAUUAUUAAAAAAAUAACACGUAUUUGGUAAAGCUAUCAACAAAUUUUAGAAAUAACCAGUCAAAUGAAUUUACUCAAAUCCAUAUGUAUGUAUAUAUACAUAUAUACACGAAUUUGAGUAAAUUCAUAUGUCUGGUUAUUUCUAGAAUUUGUUGAUAGCUUUAACAAAUAUGUAUUAUUUUUUGAAAAUUAAAUCAAUGGGAUCAAUGAAGCUGCAAUAAGAAAAGGGAAACACAUCCCCGAUUUGGGCAUCACUUGUUAAAAGUAUUUUUCAGGCUUAGUUUCUUAAUCUAUGUUCCAAUGUGUUCAUUUUCUUUAAAUAUGUGUUGCAGUGUGUACAAACAUCUUAAAAGCUUCUUCUUUUUGCUUAGUUUUAUCUUAAGAACUCAGUUUCAUCAACCGGGCUUGAUUUUUCUGCAGGUGUGGCUUGUCCUCAUAAGCUUCUGCUAGAGUUUGGAGCGCUGAUAUCCCAAAAAAAGGCUGCUAAGGUGGAGUGGAAUAACGCAAAAGCCGCUUUGGAGAAGGCUGCACCUCCUGGCCGCAAGGAAAAGCAGCGGCGUCAUACCUAUGCAAAAGAAGCUUACAUGGAGUUGCUAGAGAGUGUUCAACGUUCUGCUAGGGCUCUGGUUGCUCUCCGGUACAUCACUGUCGAGGAUGAACCAGAGGUCGGCCUGGUGGAGCGUUUGGAGACAAAAUUCAACUAUCGUGGAAGAAUUAAAUCCAAGAGCCAGAAGGCAAGGAACAAGGCCAAAAGCCUAGGUUUUCUUGUAGUGUAAUUGCAACCUGGUGAAACUCUUUCUUUAUGCAACGUGGUGAAACUCUUUCUUUAUGCAACCUGGUGAAACUCUUUCUUUAUGAACGUGGUGAAACUCUUUCUUUAUGCAACCUGAAACUAAAAGAAUCAACAGUUUUACGGGUUGUUUUAUGUACCGGUGUAGUAGUUUUUCUCAAUAUGUUGUCAGAAUCUAAACUCUUACGAGUUGUCUACCUAGUAUUGUUGUUCUUGAUGCCGUUCCCUUUUUUUUGGGGGGGGGACAUUUACCUUUUUUAUUAAACCAAAAGUGAAUGUUACAUCAAACAAAGAGUAAAUGGAAAUACAUUGGAGAAAAAAAGACGGGCAAAGGAGAGAAAGACAACUUAAAUCCAACGUGGUGGGCCAAAAACGUUCAAAUCCCAGAGAAUAUCCCUUCGAACAUAAUACUUCCAAGUGUCAUUUAUCAUUCCAAGCACGUUUAGGGUUCCAGAGAGGUCCAAUUUAGAGAGGUAGUCGUCGAUUCAUUUGAGUCUUCCGAGCUUCCUCUAGCAGAGUAACCAAAAUCAACCGGUGUCUCUAAAGAAGGACGCCCCAUUUUUAUCAUCAAAGUACGAUUUUCUUGCUCUAGUAGGUAGUUGGUUGAUGCUGAAGGAUUCCAUCGCAUUGAGACGAAGGCCGUACAAAGCAAGAUGAUGGGCACAUGUGUUCGUCUCUCUUGGUCUGUAAAUGAAAGAAAGCGAGUUUGCCAUCUUCAAGUCAUGGAUUCUCUUCACCAUCGAACUGAGAAAACCUGCAUGCAGUGGGCUUGAAGCAGCAAGAGGGAAAGCAAUGGCCUCUUUGAAUAUCCCAUAAGGUUGUCGUAGAAUGGCCCCACCUGCACUUUUUUUAUGAAGGAAAGAUGCGUCUGUGUUGAGGGAUUGAAGUCUUGCCUCAAAAAUGCUUAUGAUUUUCUGACAGUGUAUUAUCCUUGUGGUGCCACGGUGUAUAACUGCCCCGAGGUAGGUGAUGGGGAGAUUGAUGACUUGGCCAGUGGCUUGCGAAUAGGUGGUCAUGAAGUCCUGGAGACGACUCAGAGAUUUGGCACUUCCAUUCAAGAAAAUGACCAAGUCGUCCACAUAGCCAAGGCAACAAAUCGGGCUCGGUUUACCUGCUAUCCGAUAGGGUCUGAUAUAGGAAGUAUUGAUGAGAUAAUGUAACCCUCUUGUAAAACUCUCAAUAACUAAAAGGAAAAGAUAAGGAGAUAGGGGAUCUCCCUGCUUGACCCCCCUCUGUGGCUGAAAGUAGCCAUGGGAUUGACCUUGAUUUAGGAUGGAAAUGUGGUUGGAGGUUAAGUUGGAUAUGAUGAGAAGUGUGAUUUUCUGGUCAAAUCCAAGCUUAAUAAGGGUUGCCUCCAAAAAUUUCCAGGAGACCCUAUCGAAGGCCUGAGCAAGGUCAAGCUUGAUUGCCAUAUUCCCACCUCUGGUCUUUGCAUCUAGAUGGUGAAGUACCUCUGUAGCCAGUAGGAUGUGCCUAUGGAUAUAUUCCCCUUCCAUGAACCCAAUUUGAUCCUUGGUGAUCAUUUUGUGGAGUAGAGGUUUUAAUUUUUAACCUCGUGGCUAUGAUUUUCGUCCAAAUUUUGUUCAAAAUUUUGUUCACAAAAUUUUUCAGACUUAUAGGCCUGAAUUGGGAAAUUUUUUUGGGGUUGGGAACUUUUGGGAUUAGAGUAAUGAGGGAGGAGGUGAGGGCUUUGGGCAUCUUCACUCCUAGGAAAAAUUCUUGAACAGCUGAAUCAAGUUCUCCUUUUACAAUUUCCCAGCAACUCUUGUAAAAUGCACCACUGAACCCGUCAGGUCUGGGACAACUGUUUUGGUCCAGUGACCAGACCGUGUCUUUAAUCUCCUCGUCAAGUGGUACGGCUUGUAGAAAGGCGUUAUCCUCCCGGGUAAUAGCCGGGGACAGAUAAUCCAGCAUGUAGUUCAUUUCCUAGCUUUGGAUAGGAGUGGAAGUGUAUAGAUUCUGAAACUGAUUAACAGCUGCCCCGGCUAUUAAGUCCAUACCUUCAAUUAGGUUAUCUUCAUCGUCCUCUAUAGAUAGGAAGGUAGAAAUCCUCCUUUUUUGCUUAACAUAAUUGUGGUAGAAUUGUGUAUUUGCGUCCCCCUCUGCCAGCCAUUUUAUGUUUGCCUUUUGUUUCCAGAACAAUUUUUCUUGUUUAAGCGUCUGAAGGAGUUGGGCCUGAGUUUUGGAUCAAAGGCUUCUUGUUUCAGGGCGUGGGUUAGAAAUAUAAGAGUCCUCCACCAAUUGGGCCUCCUGUUCGGCCUUUUUUAUAUUUUCAAAGAUGUCACCAAAUGUGUUGGUGUUCCAUUCCCUCAAGGCCUUUUUGGUAACCUGGAGUUUGUCAUAUAGGCCCUGCAUACCCCUCCCUGUCGGUACUUAGCUCCAAGAUUUAGAGACCACGUCUAAGGAUUAGAGGGGAGUGGUCACAGGGUGUUCUCGGCAGAUGUCUUUCAAUAAUCAGUCGAAGAGGUUAAAAAACUGAGGAUUAGCUAAAAAUUUGUCCAAUCUCCUCCAGAGGCGUCCCCUAGAUCUAACACCAGUCCAUAUUUCGACCCAGAUAAAUCAAUUUGCAAUAGUUCUCAAUAAUCAUUGCAUUCUGUAAAAUCUGAAAUUUUAGAUAGUUUAGGUAAGGAUUUACCUAUAUGCUCAUUGAUUGAUGCCAUCACGUUAAAAUCACCUCCAAUUAACCAUGGUUCGUCAUUAGAGUCCUUCCAGUUCCGUAGUUCUGUCCACAGGAGUUGUCUUUCGAUUUUGGAGUGUUUACCAUAGACCGAAGAUAACCACAAAGCCUUGCCAUUAGACCGAUCCAAAAUCUCCGAAUGGAUAAACUGAUCAUACUCAGUGAUAUUGUUGACCGAAAAAUAAUUGUCAUUCCAAAGUAACCAAAUUUUAUUGUCUCCUUUGGUAAAAACAUGAGUAGAACCUAGAAGAUUCUUGUAAUAUUCAGCUUUUUCAAAAGACACUAGAGGUUCAUUAAUUGAGAAAAAAUUAAUCUUCCAUUGGAGUAGGAUUUUGCGUAAUCUUUCACAAGAGGAUGAAAGACCACAUAAAUUCCAAUUCAACAGAAUCAUUAAAAGGUUGGAUGAAGCCCCUUGGCUUCUUUGAAUUUUUGGGAUCUAGUAGAGAUAGAGGGGGGUUUAGGAUCAUAUACUUUCUUUGAAAUGCGUCUGGAUGAUGUGUGCAUUAGGCCUGAGGACCCGGAUGAGCAUUUGGCCGCCUUAGCCAGUUUUUAGGAGAUGGAUUUAGAGGAUGCAAUUAAAUUCUUACCUGGUGAUAGGGGAGAUUCAUGGUCAGAGUAGUGUCCUUCCUCCAUGAUAAGCAGGGCCGUUUUUUAGGGGGUUCAAUAGGUUAUCCAGAACAGGGCUCCCAAAUGUAUGGGGCCCCAAUAUUUUAAAAAUUUAUUAAUAUUAUACUUCCUCCGUUCUUAAAUAAAUGUAACACUUUCCAUUCUAGGCAGUUCCAUUAUAAAUGCAACACUUCUAUAUUUGGUAAGAAAAAAUAAUCACAAUGACUAUACUACCCCAACACUUCUUUUGUACGCUUAAUGAGUCAACCCAUCACCUCAAAUUAAAUCUCCACCCACCCACGAUAUAUCCACCAUCCAUUUUUCCACUGCGCCUAAGCCUUUAAAUCUAUGAACUAAACCAGAUGCUCUGUUAGAUAGAGAUGGGCGAACAAGAAGCCAUGAGGAAGAGAAGCCAUGUAUGAAAGAGAGCUAAAUAGGAAAUGGAGCACUGCUGGUUUUAUUUAUUCUCUUUGAAAACUCUCCAACUCUCGUUUCUUGUCCACAUAUGGACCCCUUUUUCUUCUUCCAUGCAUCUGGGCAUUCAUCUUCUUUUACAUCUCUGUUAUUUUUUUCUCACGAUUUUAUAAGUCAAUUCAAGAAUUUGGAUGUUGAUGAGCUAAAUCGGCACACAAAUUAAGAAUCUCUAGCUUCGAAGGAGUUUUAACAUUUGUUGAACCAAUAUAGUGGCCAAUAAUACGAUUCAGGAUAUUAAAACUAAACAUCUGUAGUUCAAAUGAUGUUAAACAAAUUCAGGAGGAGCUGAAUCGAAACUAAAAUAUUGAAAGCAACGAUUAUUUGGUCUUUCCGGAGUAGAAGGUAAACGAGCAAAGAGAAGAAAAGUUGGGAAGUGAAAGAGAUAAUAACUAUGUCAGACAUGCCUGCUAAAAAGCAAGGGCGAAUUCGGAAAAAAAGAUGUCCGUAUAGGUUUCUUAAAUCCUGUGCCAACAUGCUAGGUUGCAUUUAAAACCGAACGGAGGAUAGUAUAAUAAUAUUAUAUUAUUAUAGUUACCAAGUAAGAAAAAAUAUAGAUCCAUCAUUUUUUCGUUGGUCCUUUUACUCUUUUAGUUCUUUUUUAAUAAAUAUUCAAUUAAUUUGAGUACAAGUAUUUAGAUUUAGAUUUUUAAAAAAUAUGUUAUAUUAAUGUGGGGCCCCAUUUUUACAUUUUGAACCGGGGCCUCCAAAAUCAUUAGUCGGCCCUGAUGAUGAGUAGAGUAGGCCAGUAGGGGUUCCUUCUUUGCCAGGAAUGUCAUCUCUAGAGAACAAUUUAGAGGGUGGGAAAUAGGGAACAAUUUGAAGGUUGUUAUGUGUUGGAUUUGAAUCCAGGGGAAAUUUCUGGGGUAGUUAUGGGUUCUUCAACACAGAUUUCGGUUGGAUUAGUAACUAUGUUGGGAGGAUUGUUUGUUUGGGUGAUAUGUUGGGUGUGUGUAGUGGCAGUGAAGUUUUCUGGGGGUUGGAUAAUAGGUUGGGUGUGGGUAGGGGCACAAAGGCUUUCUGGGGGUAGAUUUCCGGGUAGAAGGGGAGAUGGGGACGAGGAAGAUUGAGGAUCGGAAGGUAUGGAUACUAGUGGUGGACCCGGUUCGGGCCGCCCGGCCCAAGACCGGCCCGGCCCGUUACUGUGCGGACCCGGAACCGGCCCGGUUCUCGGGUCCGGGUCCGGUUCGGGCACCGAACCGGUGGGGGGUGGCGGGUCCGGGCUCGGGUGUUGUUUUUGGCGGCCCGGCCCGGCCGGGUCGGGCCUAACGGUCUAUUUUUUUUUUUUAAGAAAAUUCCUUUUAAAUUAAAAAAGCUUUUUGACCACUUGACCCACUUCCCAAAUGGCUAUAUAGCCGUUGGGUGGGUACCGGGG